AUUCAACAAGCUUCCUCGUUGACAGCAUCGCCCUACGACCCGGCUCCCCCAGACCCAGUUCAACCUGAAGUAGACCUGCCGGACCCCAAGACCAGGACCAGAUCUGCCCAUUGCCCGGCACGAACCUGGAGUCCCGACGCUCUCGCGUGAUUGACUCCUCCAAAAAUAUCCUACCUGAUCCCUCACAAGCUUUGAUCGCUCAGCAACAACACCAGCUACCAUCUUUCCGAGAGAUUCUUGGGACAAAUCUGAACCCGUCCUCUAUCGAGCUACCGACUGGCAAUCCUUUACCAGCCACCCAAUGCGACAUUAUGACUAGAAAGAUAUUUCAUGAGCCAACACUUCCGUCUCGAUCAGAACCUCAGUCGCCAGAGCACUCACAGACAGGCAACAGUAUUGAAGGCUACGAGACUAUGUCCACUCGUAGCAUCGACUCUGCAUACGACCGUCGCAGCUCCUCUUGGACGACGCAACAGUUUCCCGAUCUGACGAGCCCUUACAACGCGCAGCCACGCGUCUCUUAUCAACCACAGCCCUCGUACUCAGCUUCAAGAGACCAGUCCAGCUUGCCACCUCUCCGCGAUCUCGAUCGCGUAGGCAAUUUUGACUCUCCUUACUCACCGACCUCUACUGCAUAUCCUCCCCCAUACCCAACUUCGACCGGGCCUCAUACCGGACAGGACAGCUAUUCGUACGGAUCUGACAGAGCUCCAUACUAUGACCCGGCCCAUAGGUAUGGCCAGGCCUAUCCCCCUAUCGCAAGGCAAAACCCCCAAAUGGACUAUGCAAGAUUUGCACCGUCGCCAUACGACUACCGUGCGAGCAUAGCUUAUCCUUCUUCCUACGGAUCGUCCGACUAUGCUCCGUCACCUACGGGAGUUCAUCAGCCCACCUCGCCCACCGUCACGAUGGAUGCAAAUGGUCAAAAUAGGAGGAGGAGAGGUAAUCUUCCCCGCCACAUUACGGACAUCUUACGAGCUUGGUUUCACGAUCACCUCGAACAUCCGUACCCUACGGAGGACGAAAAGCAAAUAUUGGUGUCUCGAACGAAUCUCUCUAUGAACCAAAUCAGCAACUGGUUCAUCAAUGCCCGCAGGCGUCAACUGCCUGCAUUGCGUCAUGCUCGUGAAAGAGAGCAAAAUGCUGCAGCUGCAGCCUACGAGCAGGACCAUCUGCGGCGACAGCAGCAAUCCGAUUCAACAACAAGAUAAAGUGAUCUACGGCAAUAGAACGGGUUUCAUUUGGGGUGGCGAAGCGAGUUUGUUUUUGACCUUACAGUUUUAGUCUGUCUUCAUUCGGGGAUACUUUACGUUGUUGUUUUACCUUCCAGGCAUGACACUUCAUCCUUACGGCAAUGCCAGCCUCGUUUUUUUCGGAUCAGAACAGCACUUUUUUCGGCAAGAGACAGAGUUUACAGGGCACAUGUAAUGAUACAACAGGAACAGAAAAUACACAUACAGCAGAAGAAACAUUGCUUGGGCUGGGGGAGCCAAUUACGUGCUCAAAGCUCUUCAUUGACAGAAUCACAGACCUGUCGAGUCUCGGC